UUCCAUUAUUAUUUCCCACUCCCUUCCAAAGAGCAUGUGCACGUGCACGUGCUUUCCUCUUUCUUCUCUGUUCUAUUCACUACAAACAAAAAUACAUUUCUUCUCUCUCGCCCUUUUCCCUCUCUUUUCUUUUCUUUUCCCUUCUCUUCUCUCUCCCCUUCCCACGGAAGAGAAAAGAGAGAGAGAGAGAGAAAUAAAAAAAGAAAACGCAUACAGAGGUUUCAGCUUCCCAUAUGACGUAGUCAUCAAGAAAAAAAAGAAAUUCAACAAAAUAGAAAAAAAAACAGAGUAAUUUUUUUUUCUUUUUUUGUGUUUGUUUUUCAAAUGCACGCGAAAAAUAGGAUUCCUAGUAGCGGCCACAGCACCCCGUCACCGCCGGCAUCACCACUACGGUCACCGAGGUACCGUCACGGAAGGAAGUCGGGUCGGUCCAGCCCAUUCCAACCGGGCCCGACCAUAGCCCAUCGUCUCGCUUGGUUACUUCUCUCGGUUGUUCUUCGUCGACAAGGGAUUUUCUUCUUUGCUCCUCUCAUUUACAUCUCUGGGAUGCUUCUUUACAUGGGCACCGUUUCGUUUGAUGUGGCUCUUGUUGUUAAACACCGGCCAGCCCCCGGCUCCGUUUACCGGAGUCCCCAGGUUUAUGAGAGGCUUAAGAUUGAUAUGAAUGGCGAUAAUUCCUCUGCUGAUGCGAUUUCAAUUAUUUGGAAAAAAUCCUAUAAAGGGGGGGAGUGGAGACCUUGUGUAAACAAGUCUUCUGAAGGCUUGCCUGAAUCGAAUGGUUACAUAUAUGUUGAGGCAAAUGGAGGCUUAAAUCAGCAGAGAACAUCGAUAUGCAAUGCAGUUGCUGUGGCAGGCUAUCUUAAUGCAACACUUAUAAUCCCUUAUUUCCAUUAUCAUAGCAUAUGGCGAGAUCCCAGCAAAUUCAAAGACAUCUAUGAUGAAGAUUAUUUCAUCAGUGCCCUAAAGAAUGAUGUACGAGUUGUUGAUAAGAUUCCUGAGUUCAUAAUGGAACGAUUUGACCACAAUUUGACCAAUGUCUACAACUUCAGAAUUAAAGCAUGGUCAUCCAUUCGGUAUUAUAGGGAUGUAGUCCUGCCCAAGCUCCUCGAAGAAAAGAUUAUAAGGAUUUCUCCUUUUGCAAAUCGCUUAUCAUUUGAUGCUCCUCCAGCAGUCCAAAGACUCAGAUGCUUGGCAAAUUAUGAAGCUUUAAGGUUUUCAAGUCCAAUACUAAGCCUUGGAGAAACUUUGGUUGCAAGAAUGAAAGAGCACAGUGUGAAUAGUGGUGGCAAGUUUGUUUCUGUUCAUCUUCGCUUUGAGGAGGAUAUGGUUGCUUUCUCUUGUUGUGUAUUUGAUGGUGGGGAGCAAGAAAAAGAAGACAUGGAAAAAGCGAGGGAAAGAGGCUGGAAAGGAAAAUUUACAAAACCUGGUCGAGUUAUGCGCCCUGGGGCAAUCAGGAUUAAUGGGAAAUGCCCACUUACUCCAUUAGAGGUUGGAUUGAUGCUUAGAGGAAUGGGAUUUGAUAACAAUACAUUUAUCUUUUUGGCGUCUGGAAAAAUAUACAAUGCUGAGAAAACAAUGGCUCCGUUAUUGGAAAUGUUUCCCAACUUGCAAACAAAGGAGAUGCUGGCAUCAGAGGAAGAACUUGCUCCAUAUAAGAACUUUUCUUCCAGGAUGGCUGCUAUAGACUAUACUGUUUGCCUUCAUAGUGAGGUAUUUGUGACAACUCAAGGUGGAAAUUUUCCUCAUUUUCUGAUUGGCCAUAGGAGAUACUUGUAUGGAGGACACUCCAAGACAAUUCGACCAGACAAGCGAAAGUUGGCAUUGCUAUUUGAUAAUCCUAACAUUGGGUGGAAAAGUUUCAGGCGUCAAAUGCUGAAUAUGCGGUCUCAUAGUGACUCAAAGGGAUUUGAACUGAAAAGGCCCAAUGAUUCAAUAUAUACCUUCCCAUGCCCUGAUUGCAUGUGUCGUACAAACAAAUCAGAAGACUCAAGAUCAUCAUCGGCUACGUGAUCUGCUUGCAGAGGGAUUUUGAUGGGUGUAUCUUGUUCCUGUAAUAUGGCGAGCACAUCUUGCUUCUGACCCCCUUUUUUUCAUCUAAUUUUUUCAUUUUUUUAUCCUCUUGAUAUGGCAAGAGGGCAUACAAUUCAAUUUUGGGAGCUUGGAGGAUUUUUUCAGAGGUCACAUUUAUCUAUUGAUCUAAUUAUUUCACCGGGAUUGAGUUGAUGGGGAGCUGCAUCUUUUUGUACAUGAUGCCAGAGAACACGAAAUUGACAAUUGUGCUAUUGGAGGGGAUUACCCCAGCAUUAACUGGAGAUUGUUUCUGGAUUGCUGUAGCAGCUGCUGUAUCUAACAAGCUGUGGAUAUAACACAUUGUAUUCUUUCACACCCUGGUUUUCUGAUUUUUUGUAAAGUAGCUGCAGUUUGAAGUGUAAAAGACGGGAAGAAAUUUAGUCCAAAAUCAGGGUAUUGAUUUUUCAUGUACAAUUUUGUUCCUGGUCUUUAAUUUUUCCAAUUUCAAGAAUUUCUUAGCAAUUCUUGCUGGAUUUUUAUUCCUUGAAUCAUUUUAGUCAUGGGUCUGGAUUUAUAUUCCUUU